AUGUCUUUCCAGAAUCCAUCAUCGCCUGAUGAUUUGCCAGACCUCGAUGCUCUUGCUGAUACAGAGCUGGAUGCACAGUUGAAUUCUUUGCGAGACAAGCUUACUUUGGUUGGAAAAGAAUCUACUGAGCUUGGCAAAGAACUGCGUGCAUUGGAAAAACAGUCUUUAUUAAGCAAUCAGUGUGCUGGAUCUGUUGAUGAAGCAUUACAGUUGUAUGAGAAACAAGCUACCACUCAAAUAUUACAAGAGUUGGCUACUACCACUUCUGAAUUUCGUGCUAAAUUGGAGAAGCUGAAUAGGAGAAGUAUGGAGGAACUUCAGAGCAUCAGAUCAAAGAGGUUGCGUGUACCACAGGAGGAUAUGUUUCCAUCGAAUCAUGGCAAAGACCUGUUCAACGGAAAAUUGGAUGAUCUUCAGCAGUUUCUGGAUGAGAUAUAG